AUGCAACAACUCUUGAAAUUGUUGGACGAUAACAACUACGUGUACCGAUACAGAGCGUACGAUGAUGGAGUUACAGUUAGAGAUAUAUUUUGGACUCAUCCUGAUUCUAAAAAGUUGUUCAACACGUUUCCGACGGUGCUCAUACUUGACUCAAGCUACAAGACCAACAAGUAUAGACUUCCAUUAUUUGAGAUGGUUGGUGUUAUCUCACCUGAGAAGACAUAUUCUGUUGGUUUUAAAUUUCUUGACUGUGAAAAAGAAGAGAAUUUUACUUGA